AUGUCGAUACCUACUCUCCACGAUGACCCAAUCUCCGGUGUACCAACGCUGUCUCCGGCGCCACCGAAGGCUAACACGAGGAAUCUAUCCACGGAGAUUUUUUAUAGAAUCCUCGUAGGUCUAAUCAUGAUCCCUGUAGCUGUAACCGCUUUGCUUUUCAUCCUCAUGUCUCUUGGCUUCUCUGUCUUCUUCUUCGCUCUCUACUGGUUUCUCCACCGAAACUACCGCCGUCGCCUCCGCCGUCAUCGCCGUCACGAAUCCUCGGAUGGGUUAUCUCCCAGAUGCGUGAAGAGCCUUCCCCAAUUCAAGUUCUCUGCGCCGACAGAGUACGGAAGUGACUGUGUGGUCUGUAUCGACGGAUUCAGACAAGGACAGUGGUGUCGGAGAUUACCUGGAUGUGGCCAUGUGUUUCACCGUAAGUGUGUGGACUUAUGGUUGAUAAAAGUCUCGACUUGCCCAAUUUGCAGGGAUAGGGUUGAGGUUGGAGGAAGGAUGACGAAUGAGCAGAGUGUGAAAUUUUGA